AUGGCCGCCACAUUGCAGAGCGUGCUGCCUGCGCCUAGGUACUCGGCCGCAUCCGUCUCCCACGAUGAGGAGGCCGAAGUCGAUGACGAUGCGUAUGACCAGGCCGAGGCAGGUCCUUCGAAGUCCGCCUCGUCGUCUUCCAGCGCACUCGUGUCAGCAUCCGCGUCUAGUGCUCAUCCAUAUGGCCAGCGAUCCUCCUGGCGGCCACGCACGCAGGCCGACUUUGGCGGAGGCGGCGCCUAUCCCGAAUGCCACAUUGCCCAAUAUCCGCUCGACAUGGGCCGCAGCAGGGCGACUGGCCCGGGCAACAAGCUUGCCAUGCGCGUAGACGCCGAGGGCAACAAGCGAUACGAUGCAAUCGUCAGACAGACCCUUCGACCGGGGCAGACCGUCCAGACGCAGUUCAAGGACCUCGUGCCGCUCUCGCAGCGCAGCGAUGUCAGAGACAGCGACCGCUCGUCCGGGCUCGAGCGUCCGUCGCAGGAGGAAGUGAUGAGCAACACCGAACGCACGCGCCUUGCACUCGAGGCGCUCGCCAAGGGCAAGACCAAGUCGCUCGUACCCAAGUCCGCCAACGCAGCGGGAGGUCAGCAGGCGGCGCAGUUCAUCCGCUACACACCCGGCCAGCAGGGUGCGGGCAACGCAAGCCAGCGCAUCAUCAAGAUGACCGAGGCCGCACGCGAUCCUCUCGAACCGCCGCGUCAUCGCAUCAAGAAGGUGGCGCAGGGCCCGCCGUCUCCUCCACCACCCGUACUGCGCUCGCCGCCGCGCAAGGUGACGGCGCAGGAGCAGAAGGAUUGGAUGAUUCCACCCGCCAUCUCCAACUGGAAGAACAACCGCGGCUACACCAUUCCGCUCGAUAAGCGUCUGGCUGCCGAUGGAAGGGGCAUCAACGAUGUGGUCAUCAACGACAACUUUGCGCAGUUUGCCGAGGCGCUCAACCUUGCCGACCGACACGCGCGCGAAGAGGUGCGCCAGCGCAGCAUCAUGCAGCAGAAACUCGCGGCCAAGGAGAAGGCAGCCAAGGAGGAGCAUCUGCGGAACCUGGCUCAGCGGGCGCGUGACGAGCGCGCGGGUGUUUCCUCUGCCACUCCCUCGGUUUCGGGUCGUGCGGACGAUGAUGGGGCGUCGAGGUUGGACGACUCGGAUGUGGGGGCGAGGCAGUCUGGUGGUGCAGGUGGGGGAAUUUCGGCCAUGCUUGCUGGGUACGGCUCUGAUUCGGAGUCUGGAUCGGGUUCGGCGUCGGAGGAGGAGGAUGACGAUGGAGCGCGCGAGCGCGAUCGCAUCCGCGAAGAGCGUCGACGCGAGAGGGAACGCGAGCUGCGCAUGUCCAACAUGGGUCACGAACAGCGUGCCAAGCAGCUACUGCGCGAGCAGAACCGCGACAUCUCCGAGAAAGUCGCCCUGGGUCUCGCCAAGCCCACAGCGUCCAAGGACAGCAUGACCGAUACGCGGCUAUUCAACCAAGAAUCGCUCACGGGCUAUGGCGAUGAAGACUCGUACAACCUCUAUGACAAGCCACUGUUUUCGGGAAGUUCGGCGGCUGCUGCCAUCUACCGUCGUCCUGCAGGCCGUAGAGGCGCAGACGACAUCUAUGGUGCAGACGAUGGCGCUUUCGAGGAAGAGUUGAAGAACAACGACCGUUUUGGGCUGGGUCAGAGCAAGUUCGAGGGCGCACAGGACGAACAGCAACAGGGCGCGCCGAGAUCAGGCCCAGUCCAGUUCGAAAAGGACGAGUCGGAUCCGUUUGCCAUCAACCAGUUCCUCGACGACGCAAAGCGCGGCAUCAAGAGACAGGGUCUCGACUCGGAAGCCGCUCGCAAAAAGUCUAGAGACGAGUCGCCUUGA